AUGGAUCACAGGCAAAAUCAACGACAACCACAUUCGGAUUCGUCGACAAACUGCAUCUCUCCAGGCAUCCCAACAUUUACUGCAUGUAUCGGUCAUUUAACAUCUUUUUACCACCGAUUUUCAUUACCUAUCUGUAAAUUCCAUUGUAGAAUGAAUAAAGUAGCAUCCACUUUCGAGAAUAAUUCUGGAGAAUUUCGAAACAAUUUGUUGCCGUCUUUGGCAGCAUUAAAUCCUCCCUCGCCACCAAUUAUCUUGGUUGGCAAUAAGAUAGACUUACUUGAUAUAUGUGAGGUGGAUCGAGGGCUUGCGGAAUCCCUUGCAAAGCAAUGGCAUUGUCCUGUGGUGGAGACUUCUGCGCUCACCGGAAAAAAUGUGCAUGAAGCCUUCUUAAAGCUUGUGCAGCAGACUAUUAGUAAAAUUGAGUAUAGCGAUAUUUACGUUUUACUUUUUGACUUUUGUGGAUAUGCUAAACAAUGUUAA